GGAGAGGAGCAGCCAGUCACCCUAGAAUUUCAAGGGCUUGGGGGACCAUUCCACGCGCAUGAAAGGGGGUUCCCUUGGGUGCUGUGCACAUGACUGAAAUGGAGAAUGCCUCAAUAGCCUAUGACUAUGACUAUGAGGAUUACAGCCUGGGUCCUCACCUGCCUGUAGACUGUGAGCCAGGUGGUUCUUGUGGCUCUCUGAGUCCUCUCUGGCUCUCUCCUUUAUUUCUCUAUGCAGUAGUUUUUCUAGUGGGUGUGCCAGGAAAUGUGAUUGUGGCCUGGGUGACGGGGGCCACAGCCCGGCGGUCAGCCCCCUCCAUCUGGUUCUUGCACUUGGCCAUAGCUGACCUGCUCUGCUGCCUGUCCCUGCCACUGCUGGCCGUACCCAUCAUCCGUCAAGGAGACUGGCCCUUCGGCUCAGCUGCCUGCCGCCUGCUGCCCUCAGCCAUUCUAUUCAACAUGUACGCCAGUGUCUUGCUCUUGGCCGGGGCCAGCAUUGGCCGAUGUCUGGCUGUGCUUCGGCCCGGCAGAGCCCAGGACCGCCUGUGGCCAGCGUGGGCUGGCAGCGGGGUUGCCUGGGCGCUGGCGCUACUGCUCACUUUCCCCUCGGUGUUGACCCGACGACUUCACCAGGAAUACUUCCCAGAACAGUUGAAGUGCGUGGUGGAUUAUGGUGGGUCCCGUGGGGUUGAGGGAGCUGUGGUCGGCAUCCGUUUCGUUGGCGGUUUUCUUGGGCCGCUGGCAGUUGUGGCCGGCUGCCACGGAGUCCUGCUGAUUCACCUGAGAGGGCAGCCCAAGCCCCAGACCUUGCGCCUGUUGACUUUGGUUGUGAUCGGCUUCUUCCUCUGUUGGGCACCUUACCACGUGGCAGGGCUGGUGAUAGCGGCUGCAGCCCCUCACUCAGAGCUCCUGGCCAAGGCCCUCCAGGCUGAGCCCCUCGUUAUAGGUUUAGCGUUGACCAACAGCUGUCUCAAUCCCACCCUAUUCCUGGUCUUAGGCCGGGCUCGGCUCCAGAAGUCCCUGUGGGCCGCCUGCCACCUGGCUCUGGGCGAGGACACGCAGGAGGAUGGUACAAACGGGCCCACAAGUAGCAAGUCUUCUAGCGAAGCAUUCGUCUCAGAGAUGGUCUAGAUCGAGGAGGAACGUCUGUUUGAAUCUUAGCUCGACUGCUUGCCAAGUGAGUGACUUUGGCCAAAUUCCCAACACCUCCCAGUUUUCCAUCUACAAAGUGAAGAGUCCGUGAAAAAGUUACCGAAUUGCACAUGGCGGCCAGGGCCGGGACAGAGGGCGAGGAGCCACGUGUAUAACAACGUAAAUAUUCCCCUAUGUUAGCCAUUUCUGCCGUGGCCGAGAACUGGCGACAAACGAGGCAUAUUUCAGUGGGGGAACAACGGACGCUUCAUGCUGUAGAACCAUGAUGGGACUUUACUGUUUCAUAAGAAAUGAGGAAUAUGACAGAUCCAGAGAAAUACGGAGUCAUAUGAACAUGGUGAAGUGAGCAGUCAGGCGAACUAAUUCCUUCAUGGUUGUUUGAGGGGAGAUAGCUCUAAAAGAUCUCAGAAUUCUGGGGGGACCAUGAAAUGAACCUUCUGGGAGGGUUUGGGGAGAAGGCAGAUAGUAUCAGAAAUCGGGAAAAAAUAAUCCAACAUGCAGCGGAUGCUACGUAUAACUGGGGGCUCACUCUCAUAACUGCAAUUGGACUAGCAGGUCCCCAGCGAGUGGCUACCGCUUCUCCUUUCCUGAUUCCUUGGUAGUCUUGAAGAACUGGAAUAAAUUCUGCUCAUGAGCCCCCAUCAGGUGUGUUCCCCUUAAUAUCAUAUAAUCAGUUGUUAUCUCCUAACAUCAAUUAGCUUUUAUGAAGGGAUAUUUACAGAGAAGCAAAGACCUUCCCUUCCCUCCAUCUCAAAAGCCUUGUUUGCAGUUACAUUGAGUGAUGAAUAGAGUGCUGGAAGUCUUGAGUUCAAAUUCCGCCUCAGAUAUUUACUAGCUGAGUGAUUCUGGGCAAGUCACUUAACUUUUGUUUACCUCAGUUUUCUCAAGUGUAAAAUGAGGAUAACAAAAGUACUGACCUCCAGGGUUGUAGUGAGAAUAAAAUGAAGUAAUAUUUAUAAAACCAAAGUGUCUAGCACAUAGUGGGCAUUUUAUAUACAUAUAUAGGUAUACAUAUAUAAUAUUUAUAAUUUUUUAUUCAUGUUACAUUUAAAUAAAAAACAAGAAAAGAAAAAAAAAACAUUUCCAGGUACAUGCAGAAUCACUAUAAAACAAAAUGUUUCCAUUUUAAGGAAACCUAUAUAAUAAAUACUAUACAUUGUUUUCAAAGCUACCCAGCUUUACUUUGUUUACUUUUAGGUUUUUUUUUUUAUUUUCUACUAUGAAAUAAACUUCAUUUUCUCAUUUCUUUUCCCACCCCUAAAGAAGGCUACAAUUAAAUGUAUAUACAGAUAUAUAGAUAUACAUAUUUAUACAAAAUAUCUCACAUACAUACUCAUACAUAUCCUCUUCAUAUUUCCAUUUGUCAUCUUUUUCUCUGGAGGUAUUUUUUCAUAGGUCCAGGUUUUUCUAGGUUGUGUUUUUUUAAUCAGCCAACUCAUCAUUUCCUUUACCUAGCAGUAUUCCGAUAAAAUCACCUCCUUUCUGAGAAACUGGCUAUAAAAUUUCCCUCCCAAUUUUCUGCAUUCCUUCCACUCUUGGCUACAUCGGUUUUAUUUAUACAAGACAUUUUAACUUUAAAAUAAUCAAAAUUAUUCAUUUUACACUGCAACAAUGCUCUUCCCUUAUAAUAUAAUUUAAGGUCCGAUCCUGUUGAUUCUCCUUCCCUGGUUUCUUUGAAAUUCCCAACCUUUUGUUCUUCCAAGUGAAUUUUGUUAUUAUUUUUCUAAUUCAGUUACACACAUUUUUAAUAAUUAAAUUGUAAUAGCAUUGACCAAACAGAUCAGUUGGGGAAAAUUGUUAUUAUAUUGGCUUUAUCUACCCAUGAAUAAUAACUAUGGCUCCAAUUAUUUAAAUGACUUUAUGUGUAUAAGAAGUAUUUUAUGUUUACAUUUGUAUAGUUCCCAUGUCUGUUAUGGCAGGUCUGCUCUUAGGUAGUUUAUAUUGUCUAUUUAUUUUCAAUGGUCUAAAAGUAUAUUGAAUAAUAUUGGUGGCGUAUACUGUAGGUUCCUAUUUUUCUCUUUUGAUUAUAUUUAUCUUAGCUUCCACUGCUUUUUUUUACACAAUAAAGUCUAUUCAAGCCUUUUCUCUGGU